AAGUGAAGUCUCGUGAUGGUUCAAAAGUAUAGACUUGUACAUGCCCAUGUUUCUGAUACACUUUGCGUGUCAUAUGUGGAGUACCUACCCAACAAGCCACUUGUUCCGCUGAAGGACGCGCUAAAGCGUAGGCUCAGAAAGCGUGACGGUCAUCAGAUCAUGAGUUCUAGUCAAGGGGACCUUGUCCAGCUUUCGCCAUCAAACCAAAUGGACGAAGAGCAACAGAGUUCGCAAAACGUGGCUCUUACAUUCACCCCAAGCAAUGGUUGCAUCCAAGGUUCUUGUGAUGGUCCGGUUUGCACUUGUGGAAAUGAUUAUGACGAGUAUGAAAACGCAGAGAAUGCUCCUCUAAUAUCCUAUCAGUCCGCUGGUGACAACGAGUCUUAUUUCACGGACAUUCACUGUCACGAAUUUAAACCUAUACAUUCGAAUAGAAGAACCAGAAAAAAGCUGACUACUGCUAGUGUUGUGUGCUUGUUCUUUGUGGUAGCUGAAGUCGUCGGUGGAUACCUGGCUCAUAGCUUGGCUAUCAUGACCGAUGCAGCUCAUAUGCUGUCGGACUUUGCUGCAUUCAUGAUCAGCUUGUUUGCAAUUUGGGUGGCAGAGUGGCAGCCUGACAAGAAGAGAACAUUCGGGUAUUAUCGUGCUGAAAUCCUUGGUGCUCUUGUGUCAGUGCUUAUCAUAUGGGUACUGACAGGGAUUCUUGUCUACUUGGCUGUCCAGCGGGUCAUCACCAAGGACUUUGACAUCAAUGCUGACAUCAUGUUAAUUACAGCUGGUGUUGCGCUUGGGAUAAAUAUAUUACUGGGGAUAAUUUUGCACCAGUCUGGUGUGGGUCAUGGGCACAGCCAUGGUGGCGGGGGGCAUGACCAUGGUGGCAGUCACUCACAUAGCGCAUCGCAUGGCAAGCCCAGGAGCGGUAGUGUCCUGGAGAAAGAGAACAUUAAUGUGCGAGCAGCCUUCAUACAUGUGCUUGGUGAUGUUGUCCAAAGCGUUGGAGUAUUAAUUGCUGCAUAUAUCAUCAAAUAUAAGCCUUCUUGGAAGCUUGCUGACCCAAUCUGCACCUUUCUGUUCUCUAUUCUGGUCUUGAUAACCACACUGAACAUCGUCCGUGACACUAUCCAUGUUCUAAUGGAAGGUACACCUAAGAAUGUGAACUAUAAUGCUGUUAAGGCCGGACUUGAAAACAUCCAGGGAGUGGUGGCUGCUCAUAGUCUGCAUAUCUGGUCCCUAACCGUGAACAAGGCAGCGCUUGCUGUACACUUGGCUGUUGGCCCAAAUGUCGACUCCCAAAAGGUCCUCAAUAUCGCCCACCAAAAAUUAAAGACCCAGUUCCAGAUAUUCCACAGCACCAUUCAAGUGGAGCUUUACCAGGAAUCCGUCAUGCAGAGUUGCACCGAGUGCCAGGACCUAAAGGAUUAGAUUCCUGUACAGUCCACCCCAUGCGAGGCUGUAUGACGUGGAAGAGUUUUUCUGCAAAUGCUACUAUGAAAAAGAUUGAACUUCGCUGAAACGUUUACCUGGAAUCCAGUGUUCCUCUCUGAAACGCACAGUCACCCAUAACCAGUCUUAUCCACCAUGAAGUGCACCUGAAAGAAGCACACUCUGCUGGAGACUUUAGUAGUGCACGAGAUUUGAGGAUUCAGAGACAUCGCGCAAUAACAUUGAUAGACAAAAUAUUUUAACCCCCUUGUUAAUGUUUUUACGGCUUAUUUUCAUACAAAAUUUUUAAUUCACUCAACCGCCGUAAUGUUUGCUUUGAAAAUAGCAAGUAAUGGAAGUGCUUUUUGCCAAAUUAUAGGAAAUUAAUAUCCACCUGAAUUUAUAGAGAUUUCUAGUACCACCCAUAGUAAUGGAGAUAGAUUGCGCCUUUUGAGCUUUAACUUCUCUUUUCCUGAUUUUUCCUGAUGUUUUCGCCAAUUUCUACGGGCGCUGAUUUCCCGAUAAAGUAUCUUCAUAGGUGGUUUAAUGGCUCAUUUAAAGGCUUGUUUUUUUUGCUCGACAUAUCACGUGAUUUAUGCAGGUUAUAGUUUUUAUUUGUUUUAUUACCGUUGAUUAAUUUAAUAGGAAGUUGAUUUACCAAUUUGAAAGCCAGCAUAGUAUAAAAUGUCAUUACCAAGACGUGACUCGGACAUCAAAAAUAUUUUUCAUACUAUAUUUUGGAUAAUUUCGAAAUUAUUUUACAUAUAUUACCAGGAUCUUGGUAUAAUAAAUUUGUGCAGAAUGAUA